AUGAAAAUAUCUACCCUACUAUUAACCGGUGCCUCCUGUGCCAACGCCUUUGUUUUGCCUGAAAAGGGAUUUAACUUGCUUGAUCUUGCCGGUGAUUCGCGCCGCAGUGAGGUUAAACAAUACACAGAUUCUUCGAGGCCAAACUUGAGAGGGGAUUCUUCAUCUAGUAAGCCCCUAAUCAGUUCUCAUAAGUUACAAAGUAUGAUUAACGUAGAAGAAUUAAAUGAGACCGCUCAAUUGCUCUACAAACUUGCAGAAGAAUCGGUACCUCUCUAUGGUCAUCCUACUCGUGUCGUUGGGUCUCCAGGCCAUUGGGCAACACUAGAUUACAUUCAGAAGGAGUUUGAUGAACUAGACGAGUACUACGACGUCAGCGUUCAAUAUUUUAGUUCGUUGAUCUCUCAAAUUAAUUCAUACAACUUAACUUACACGAAUGGUGAUGAGGUGCCAUCCGCCGUGCCAUUUUCCUUUUCUCCUCCAGUGAAGACUUUCAGAGGUAAAUUGCUUCAAAUUCCAAACUACGGUUGUGAGGAGAAAGACUAUGCUGAUCUCGAUGUAAGCGCCGAGCAAAUCGCUUUGAUUGAAAGAGGUGCCUGUUCUUUCUUGACCAAGAGUGACUUGGCUGGUAGAUUUGGCUUCAAGGCUGUCAUCAUGUAUGACAAUAACCCAGCAGUCCGCGAAGGAUUGAAAGGUAGCUUAGGCAGACCAACAGAGGAUACUCUUCCAGUUAUUGGUGUUUCACACGAGGUCGGUUGCCUGUUGAUCCAAGCCAUUGAGAAGUAUGGUGAUUACCCAGUAUUUUUCGGAAUGAAUUCCAUCAUUAGAGACAUUGUCACCAAAAAUGUGAUUGCUGACACUAAGAGUGGUGACCCAGACAACAUUGUUGCAUUGGGUGCACACAGUGAUUCUGUUGCUGAUGGACCUGGUAUUAACGAUGAUGGUUCUGGUACCAUUUCAUUGUUAACUAUUGCAAAGCACUUGAGCAAAUUUAGAUUGAACAACAAAGUUCGUUUUGCUUGGUGGUCAGCUGAAGAAUACGGUUUACUAGGAUCUAACUUCUACACUGACAACUUAACCCCAGAAGAAAACCUAAAGAUUAGAUUAUUCAUGGACUACGAUAUGCUUGCCUCCCCCAACUUCGAGUACGAAGUUUACGACGGUAACAACGAAGAAAACCCAGAAGGUUCAGAAGAACUCAAACAAUUCUUUAUUGAUUACUACAACAAGCAUAACUUGAAAUACAGUUUGAUUCCAUUUGACGGCAGAUCAGACUACGUCGGUUUCAUCCAAAAUGGUAUUCCAGCUGGUGGUGUCGCUACUGGUGCUGAAGCUAUUAACCCUGCUAACGGCGAAGCUUUCGACAAAUGUUACCACCAACUAUGUGACGACACUUCGAACUUGAACUUCGAAGCAUGGUUAGUUAACACUAAGUUGAUUGCUCAUGCCGUUGCUACUUAUGCACACUCAUUGAAGGGCUUCCCUGAAAGAAGCUCGAAUUCUAGUCUACAUGUGGCUUCUGCUCGCCAUGUUGCAAAAUUCCCUUACAGAGGUAACCACCUAAUUAUGUAA